AUGGAGCAGGUUUAUCUUGGGUGGGCUGAUUUCCAUCUUCUCAAGGGAAAUGUUCGUGAAAACUUACGAUACAAAUAUAUGGAGUGGAUUGUUCUUCAUAGUGGAGAUAAAUUUACUUCCUGGGUGGAAUUCUUAAAAAACGAAGUGAAUAGAGCCGUAGUCUCACAAGAUUAUCGUUCUCGGUUUGAAGAAUCCUUCUUAAAGGCUUUAAGUUUGGAAUUAGACUUUUUCGAUUCGUGUUAUUCCUAUAAAGAAUAG